AUGGAGCUCACGUUGCGCCCCGAGGGCGAAGGCCCGCUCGUGCCGAUCGAGCCCUUUGAUCCAUGGCCCCUGGUGGUCGCCUGCGUAGUGUGGACCCUUUGCACUUUCCCUCCCGCAGCACUUUGGACCGCACCGCGACUGGUCAUGUGGGGGCUUCGCUGGGCAGUGCGGUUAAGCCAAGAGGAGCUCCGCAAGAAGGUCAAGAACUCCAGCAAGAGUGCCGAAGGAGAAGCCAAAGCCCACAAGCAACUCGAGACGAGCGAGAUCGAGGACUCCAGCGCGCUCCUUUGCAUUCGCCUCCACGAGGGAGGGCCGUGCAUGGCGACGGGGACACCGCAGAAGUUCACCUACGGCAACCCCGACAAGACGCGAUCGACGACUGGACUCGGACCAUCGCUCGGUCCCCGAAUGGGCUACAUGUCAGGAUCGGCAUCUCUCACGAGAAGUGGCAACGCAGACGCCGGAGCCGAGACCGCCGUCACCGGAUCCGGGGUAUGGGCUCACUUUGGGCCAUCAAUCCAACCCCCUCUCGCGACUCAUGGGACGAACGGCGGCCACCGGCAACAACCAGCUUUCGAGGACCUGGCCCUACGGCGCCUGAAGGAGGACACCAAGAACAAGCAGUUACUGGGCCGCUCCCCCGCGCUCUUUGGUGGGGCUCCCGUCUUUGGGGGGCCGAUAAAGGCGACGCGACGACAGGCGGAGAACCAGCCCGUUGAGGACCACCUCCCGCAGAAGCUCAACCACGGGGCAAAGUUCAAGAAGGCUUUGGACAUUGCCCGCAACGAGCUGGACCUCGAGCGAGCCGUGGACGACCUCAAGGGCAAGUUCUACGCAGACUCCAACAAGGCGCCUCAAGCACGCAAAGAAGCCGACGUUUUGGAGCUGGCGGCCACCUUGUGCAAAGGGCGCCCUGCCUUUCCCGCCACCCCGACUUUGGUGGUGAAGUUCGCGGCGGCGCUCCGAGCGGCGGGCUACAAAUCAGGCGCGCAGUACUUGAGCGCGCUCAGAGUGGCGCAUUCGGAAAUGGACUUUCCGAUCACCCCGGCGCUGAAACGGUCCUUCGAUCUGGCAAAGCGCGCAUUGGGACGGGACGUGGAGCCGGCGGACAGAGCCCCCGAGUUCCAGAUCGCGGACUUCCCGGAGGACGCGGACGCCUUCAACUUGCAGCCCGGCGAGGUCGCCUUCCCAAAGCACACCUACGCGCUGGCGUUAACCUUCAUGCUCAGAAGGUGCGAGUUGGAGCGACUAAAAUGGGAAGACAUCGUCCUGGACCAGCUCGAGACCAUGGUCACGCUGCACAUCAGGAAGUCGAAGACGGACCAAGGUGGCAAAGGGGUUAAGAGGACUCUGGGGUGCACGUGCCGCACCUCGCCAGCUACCUGUCCGGUGGAGCUCGUUAAAAGCUUCGCCCGCGACUUCGACAGAGCACUGCCCGGGCUUCGGAAAGGGGCGACCUGGAUCACGUGCUCGCCGGAGGGCACCCGAAUCACCGACAACAAGCUUGUGAACUCCUGGACGCGAGCGGCGGGUCGUACUGUUCGUGGCCACAGUGCACGCCGGUCGGGCACCAUGUUCUACGUGAGAGCGGGCCUUGGCAUUGCGGAGGUAACGUACCUGGGGCGAUGGCAUUCAGAUUUGGUCUUCCAGUACGGCCCUGGUCGCGAAGGAGGCUGGGGCGUCGGCGACUUCGGCUUCUACGCCGAAGUGGGUGAGAACCUCGGGACGCUCGAAAGUGGUCCACCUGUUGGGGAGACACCUGAGCUCUUCUUCUUCUACCUGGACGACCAGGUGUCGAAACUGCCGUCUGAACAUCGAGAGGACCCGCGGCAAGCCAUUGGGAGUGGAGACUGCGGAAAAUCUUAUGACGACGGCCCCAGCUCGCGGGCUGCACUUCACGAUUUCUCCCAGCCCACCCACCCGGGAGUGGAGACUGCGGAAAAUCUUAUGACGACGGAGCGGUUCGACUCCAAGGCAAACGCACCGGCAAAAGAAGAGGAUCGCACCCCAUGCAUCGCCUUGCAAUGCUUGAAGCAGUGGAAAGGAGGCUUCACUGCGAACGUCGACACCGAAGUUUUUCACUGGCUAAGUGCGAGAGAAUGCGAGAAGGGCACCGAGCUUCUCGACAGCUGCUGUGCUUGCCGAGGAUCCGUGCGAUUCAUUUGCACCGAGUGCCUCCUCUUGCAAUGGGAAGCACGGCCGGACAAGGGCCUUCAGUGCGGAGUGUGCCGACAGGCCUUCAGUGGACGAGCCGCGGCACUGCUAACAGAAAGGCUGCAGAAGCACGUCGAACAGCAGCAGGACGUCCAGACUGGUCCCAGCGUGGACCUGUUAAAACAACAGGUCACAACUGCGACUGGGCUUUGGCAGCAGGGAAAGCUCCAGGAAGCUGCCAAUCUCUUCCGCGAGACCAUCUCAGGUCUCAAAAUGACGGAUGCCAAGGGGCAGCUGUAUUCGGCACAGCAUAACCUAAGCCUGGUCAUGGUUGCCAUGGGGCAUCCAGAGGAGGCCCGCGCUGAGUUGCGGAUAGCCCGACGAGGGCUUGCCACGCUUUAUGGGGCGCAACAUCCACUUGCUUUGAAGGCCGCCCACAACGAGGCGAUGGCCGCCAAUGCUGCGGGUCAUCGCGAGGAGGCAUUGAAGCUGUACGAGGUUGCUCUCGAGGCUCGAUGCCGUGUGCUGGGCUCCCACCAUGUGGACCGCUUGGGCAUUUGA